GAGACGAAGAGAGAAGGUGAGACUAGGCGGGUUUGAGCUUAUCUGGGUGUGUCUUCUUGCUCUCAUCUGAGCUAAAGUGACAGAGAGAAUCAACACAGCACAUUCCUGUCUGUGGACGAGAGACACGCAGAGCUCAGAAUGGUCCUGUACAGCCUGAGAGCUCCUCUAAUGAUUCUCGCAGCAAUUAGUUGCUGCUCCUGCUCUCCUCUACUGCCCUUGAAAAUAAGCGGUGUGAAGGGAAAAUAUGCCACAUUCCCCUUAACAGUUCCAGCCUCAUUCCAACCCAACGCGGUAAAGUUUUCUUUUGUGAGCAGUGCUGGUGAAUCAAUUGCCGUGUACGAUCGCGUUGCUGAAAAGGUAACAGUCCCCCCCGCGUACAACGGUCGAGUUGUCUACAACCAGACCACCUAUGAGUUCCAGCUCGGACCGCUAAGUCCUGCGGACGCUGGGCAAUAUUCAGUUGUCCUAGUGGACGCAGGCUUUAAUUUAAAUCAGGGGCAAACUACACUGGAGGUGCUGGAACCUGUGGCAGAUGUGACGGUCAUCUCCAGCCUCCCUGAAGCUGUGGAAUUCAACAGCACUGUGAUCCUGACCUGUUCUGCCAAAGGCUCUUUCCUCUCUUACAAGUGGCUGAAUGGUUCAACACCUGUGGUUGUAGACGGAAACCACUUGGUGCUGAACGGUAGCCAGCUAAUCAUUACCGAAGUGUUGCGCACGGACUUGCGUGGGUCAAUCUACUGCAUUGCUGAGAAUCUGCUGGAGUCAGUGAAGAGCCCCGCCUUCAAUAUGAGUGUUAGCUAUGGCCCUGAGAGCAUUACUAUGAAGAAAGUGCCUGAUGAUGUAAUCCAGAAGAAAGGCUCCAACCUGACGCUGUCAUGCUCAGCUGUGUCCAGCCCUGCAGCUGAGCUUAAGUGGCUUUUUAAUGGAGCUGAGCUUACCCAGAAAACUGCCAUGCUAGCCUUCACUAAUCUGGAAGAGAAUCAGAGUGGGAACUAUAGUUGUGUGGCCUACAACAGCAAGACCAAGCGCUAUGCUGCUUCACAGGUUGUCACAGUAUCCAUCAUAGAAGCCAUCUCUGGCACCAACAUCACUGGCCCCACUUCACUGCUCAUUGCUGGCAACAGCACAGCCAACCUCACCUGCAAAUCCAGCGUGGGCAGAGCAGACAGCGUGUCUUGGUUUAAAGAUGACAAACCUUUGGCUGCCAGUGACCGCGUCAUCAUCAGCACUGACAAGAGGACCAUCAGCAUCCCGAUAGUGCAGAAAGAGGACGCCGGAAAGUACAAAUGCGAGCUGAGCAACAAAUUGAACAGAGAUUCCAGCAUCUACAACAUGCAGAUCUACUAUGGGCCAGAGAAAGUGUCCAUAGAAGGACCGAAGAAAGCAGAGGUGGUCGACACAGUUGUGAUGACAUGCAAAGUUGCCUCUGUUCCUCCUGCCACCUACAUCUGGAAGUUCAACGGCUCACUCUUGGAGAUCACGACAGCUGAGUACAAGAUUGAGAAGCCCAGCCUCGAAAACAGCGGCAUCUACACCUGUGAGGCAUACAACCAUAUCACAGGACUCAGCCAGAAAGCCACCCAUAAUCUCUUGGUGAAAGGAGAGGGGGAGCUGAAUGACCAGCUCUCUAGUGGAGCUAUAGCUGCCAUUGUCAUAGCUGUUCUCUUGGUUGUGGCAAUCAUCAUUGGGGUCAUCAUCCGUAAAAGAAGGAAGCCUGGAGAUAUUGCAUCACCAUAUUAACCUUCAGGGAGAUGUAAGCCGAAUCUACUAGACCAGCUCUUCAGCCAACUUGUCUUUUCUACCUGCAAGAUCGUUCCACCAGGGCAGCUGGAAAAACUACCCUCAUAAGUGGAACACACCUUCAGGGCUGGCCCUCUCUCUCUCUCUUUCUCUGCAACCUUUCCACCUCAAACCACAGAGGUCAUGUUCCGAUGUGGGAAUUCCCAAAGCCUGCCACCCACCAACCCAAAUGUCUCUGUUAUGGCCCAGGAAAACCCCACUGCGUUCCUCACUACACUGAAGACAUGAGGAUGGAAGGGGUAUGGGUCACUUGUGAAGACCAAAUACUACUGGUCCCCCCUCCUCCCUGCAACCUCCAGCUUCAGAGUUUUGACCCCAUUGUUCCCUAAUCUUUGGCUGAAGAGUUCUGUUCCUUUUGUUCCUAAAGAAAUUUGAUAUACCAUUCCUCACCACCUGAGACCCCCCCAUCCCCUCUCCCAGCCCCUCAGCUGCGACAGACUGUCACAGUAGAACAUCGCACCACUGAUUCUGAAAGAAAACAGUGCAUCAGUAACGGGCAUGCUUCUUAGCAUACGACAGGCUUUGAAGGCAACAAAAAAAAAAAUGUAUGCCCAGAAGUGUCAAAGGAUUCCAGAGCCACGGGACUCAUUACUGCCAAAGAAAACAGAGACGUUGCACAUCUUACAGCACCUGCCGUUAAGGUGCCAGCAUCUUGUCGUGUCACCUCUGUUAAGCCACCAUCUCAAGACUUUUCAUUUCCUUUUUUUUUUUUCUUCCAACUCUCCUCACUGCAACAAGUUGUCCCUAGGACAAGCCUCAGCACGUUCGGAGUGUACGAAUGGGGAGAAAAAAAAAGAAAAAAAAGAGGAUGAGACAUUUUUGUGGGCAGUGACAUUCCACGGGUUUCGUUGGCUAGCUGUUACUGUGCUCUCCUGGGCGUCGUCCACAAAGAUGUGUUGUGCUGUAAUGAGGAGUUCAAAUGGCUCUGACUCUGUUGAAAGAGGUUUUCAAAGUCACCUUCACCUGAGCUGUCAGGCUAGAAACCCAAACCCAUUGAGUAUUUUCUGUUAGCACAGUUAUUGUUCAUGAUGGGGAUAUGAUAACAACCAUGAGUGCUUUUUGAUUUUCAAAGAGAUAUAUUCUUUUUGGUCUUUUUUGAAACCUCAAAUGAACGCACAGUGGUGAGACAGUUAUUUUGAUAAUGGGUAGUAGUAAUGUGGACUGGUGUGCUUGUGCUUGUGCGUGUGUGUGCGUGUGUGCGUGUGUGCGUGUGUGUGUGUGUGUGUGUGUGUGUGUGUGUGCAUGUGUGAGUCUGAGUGUGCAUAAUAUGUUGUUUUGGGACAUUCCAGAGGAUAUGUCCUGGCACUCCUACACAAAAAAAUAAAGUCCUAGACACGCUUGACUCCUGCUCACACAUUCACACAAUACAACCAACAGAAGUACAUGAUUAUUGGCUUCAAAAUCAAACUUUUAAGAUUUUUUUUAAGCUGCAGUGUUUUGCUAUGCGUCUACGCAUUGUCCAGCGUUAGCUGAGUGAAUUGAUGGUUUUCGACACUGGGCCACUUUGAAGUCCUGUGGUCUUCCAUCAUAGCUUCACUUGUAAAGAACACGGCUUCUUACAGAGAAUUACUUUCAUUUGACUUGACUUCAGGAAUGGUCCCAGUAGUGACUGUAGUGUUUGGAAUGUGGUUAUAAUUUGACAUUUAAAUUAUAUAAAAGCAUAAAAGAUAAAAAAAAGGAAAAUCAUCUUUCUAAAGGGCCAUUGAAAAUGGAAUGGGAUAGUAAAGACACAAAUAAAUUAAUGAUACAUUUUAUUUAUACAGCAUGUUUAAUUUUGUUUACGAAUGUCAACAGCUCAAGUGCCUGUAGUGUACAAGUACAAGUCAUGUGCAUAUUUGCAGUCAAAUUGUUAAUGAAAAGUAAUACAUUUUGUAUUUUACAAAAUUACUCUAUUGUUUGAUGUUGAAUUGAAUUAAAUCAGUGCCUUAAUGGAAACAGUUAGCAAAGUUUAUUUUGUGUUUUUAUUUUGUUUUUGUAUUUUUGAGAUUGAAAUGCACUGGGCCAUUUGUUAUACAUAUAUACAUAUAUUUGACCAAUGUGAUCUAACAGUAUACAAUUUGGGGGGGGUUAACUGAUGCUUUAUCUUAUAUAUUUAGCCAGAAAUGUUCUCAGGUUGUUUACAAAAUGGGCAUAUUAUCUGCUUAACUUAACAGUAUAUCCACUGUUUUGUUUUCUAAGUUGCCAUUUAUUUAUUAUUUUUUCAAGUGCUUGUCCUAAUGUAAUUUACUGUUUGGGUUUGAAUGAUCUACUAUAAAAACCUGACAUCCGCUACUUUUUGAAAUUCUGUUAUAUGUUCCAGAGUGGCUACAAUAGAAGGAGUGUUGGGAAAAAAGGGCGUGGCAAGUAGGCAGCUUGUCGGAAGUGGGACUUUUUCCCCUCUAUCUGCUUUACAUUUGUACCCACGCUGUUCCUUCUACACCCAAAAAACUAGCAGAUGACUAAGCCACCAGUCAACAAACCGGUUUUGGUUCAUGUUUCCUUAGUGUUAAGAAAAAGAAUGAAUCUUGAAUGUCAUAUCAUAUUAGUUUAAAGAAGUGCCACUAGUGGGCAAAAGUGCAAACUAUCAGCUCAUGCAAGCUAUUUUAAGAAGCAGUUACUGUACCAAUUGGAAUAUAGUAGUCUUACUGUUAUUUCGAGCACAACGUAAGCCAAUACAAGGCCUUCACUUAGUGCUGGCCUGUACUGGUAUUGGUGACUGGUAUUGAUAUUAACCAAUAUUAAUUAUUAGUUUAGUUUGUAUAUUUUAGAUACAUUGGUUAACUGCAGUUCUUUUUGAAAGUACAUAAAUAUAACAAAUUUAUAUAUAAAAUUUAAUAAAAUAUAUGACAAAUAGUAAUAUCAGAAUAAUAUCUGCAUUGGAAGACAAUUGCUUAAAAGUAGCAUCAGCAUUAUACAGAUGUUUAGACUUAAGUGAUAUUUCAAAUUAAUAUUUGAUGAUGUAUUUUUUUGUACUCUUGUACAUUUAUGCAUUUGGCAAGAGCGACUUGCAAAUGAAUUAUGUUACAGAUGUUAGGUGAAUGUAGCAUAAGGAGCAUUGCCCAAAGACUCUUAUUGGUUAGUGUGGUGUGCUUGGGGAUCGAUCCCCAGCCUACUGUGUUGAAGCCUAUACCAGCCUUUAGAAUAAGACCAGAAGAGCAAAGCAUUAGGUGAUGCUGGGCUACUAGACCAAAAUAUCUCCAUUUAAAUCAUUUCACUGCAUGUGUAACCCUACAGAAAAAACGGUCAUAUUUCUCUGUAAUGCAAAUGCACGUAGAUAUAGUACCACUUUCAUCAUUUAAUAAACAUUUAUGCGCUGUCAAAUAUUAAAAAUCAGCAUUGGCCCAGAAUUCCCACAAUUAAUAUGAAACUUCAUAAACAGUAAGUUUCCUUUCUCAAAACCUGGAUUCUACUGAUGAACGUUUACAGUACUGUGUAAAGUUCCCUUUGUUGUGAUUUUUAAAAGAAAAGGAACAAAAAGUUCAGUCAAAACAAGCUCUUUCAGGUUUGUAAGACCUUCUUUUAGCAUAUAGUUCUCAAGAAGUGCGAGCACAAUAAUAAUAAUAAUACCACCAAAGACUACCUUCACUGUUCCACUUUUUUAGCCUUGCUUAAAUUAGCUAUUCAGUACCUAUUCAAACCACCCUAGUCUGGAAUUUUCCCCAUUAGAUUUCAAUCCUGCCCCCUCCUGUACUAACAGCUAAUGUCUAUUCUGGUGUCAGUGUUGAAGCCUGCCCUCCAGCGUCUGCCUAUAGUGUAGUCAUCUCUCUGUCGCUUUGAUGGCAAAACUGAUACUCUACCAUUGUCAUAGAAACCAGAGCUGUCCUCUGUUGUCCUUGUUGUUCAAGUGACAUGAUGUAAACCCACAGUCCUCGAUAGCUGUAUACUGGCAUGCAUGAACUCAGAUAUGUGUUCUGUGUGUGUUUUCUUUUUUAAUGCGGUGCUUUACAUUUUACAAAUUACUGUUGUACUGCUGUGAACUUACAGACGUGUGCUUUAGAAAGUGGCCAGUCGAGCAGGUUCGUUUGCCUUAAGUCAACGGUGUAGAUCCUUUAAGACGGACCAGGUCGGGUUGAGCAAGUAUGUGGAUAAUAGAGCGAUUGUGCAACACUGUACUUGAAUGUAAACAGUUUUCAGCUUUUCAAUAAAAAAGAAAUGUACGAAAA